CUGCUGGCAAUCAAUGGGCUGUUUAGUGUCAGCCCCCUUUUAAUUAGAUCAUCCAGCUCCAAAUCGUUAACACAAGUUUUUUUUUAAACCGAAUCACACAUUGCCAGGUACGCAUAUGGAUUGUGAUAUGGAUUGGAGUCCACAUUGGAUCUAAGGAAUUGUGCCUACUGGGGAAAAGCAAACCUUCUUUCGGCCCUGUUUUUGGACUUUCUCAAACCUUCCCGAUCUUUGCCAUCAGAGCCAACCCAUUUGGCGAAAGCCAUGUUCCAGCCUGCGACCAAGAAAUGCUUCACCAUCGAGGCUCUGGUAGGCAAAGACAGCUCCUCCACACUUGGGGAUGAGCCCCUUCGACCCACAGCUCUGAGAUACGCCGAUUCGGUGCACGCUUCUCCCUUUGGGAGCGGCUUUCAGAACGCCGGCAGGACUCUCUACGGCAGCCCCGAGCUCCUGUUCCCGGAGCCGGUGACACACGCGGCCAGCCCCGCUCUCUCUAUGCACCCGGGGAACCCGCACCAUCUCCCCGCACAGUCUUUCUUUGCACCGCAGCAGAGAGAAGCGCUGAGUUUUUACCCAUGGGUAUUAAGGAACAGAUACCUGGGUCACAGGUUUCAAGGUAGUGAGGGGGGAGCCGAGGGUUUGCUCCUUCACGGCCCUUUCACCAGAAAACCUAAACGGAUUCGAACAGCCUUCUCCCCGUCCCAGCUCCUGAGGUUAGAGCGAGCCUUCGAGAAAAAUCAUUAUGUGGUGGGAGCCGAGAGAAAACAAUUAGCAAACAGCUUGUGUCUGACAGAAACCCAGGUAAAAGUAUGGUUUCAGAACAGAAGGACCAAAUACAAGCGACAGAAACUGGAGGAGGAGAGUCCUGACACACAGCAAAAACGGAAAGGGACACAGCACGUUAACAGGUGGAGAAUGGCCACCAGACAGACCAGUCCAGAGGACAUUGAUGUCAUUUCAGAAGAUUAGAGGCAGUUUGGAUUUAAAGGACAAACAACGAUACAAACUUCUCAGUAUAAUUCGUGCAAUGGUCACGCCAAGCAGCCGGGCACAUGGAAUGAGAUCAUUAAGCAGAUAUAAUAAAUAUAUAUAUAUUCAACACCUUUUAUUAUACUGGCCCAUUGCGGAGUUAUCGAGUCCACUUCUAAUCAAUUCAUAGGACACAUGAUGGACUUAGAAAAAAACUCCAAACGUGUGAUUAUGCUUUCAUUAAAAAGAUUUUUUUUAAAACGACUGCAGCAACUUGAAGACGGAUCGUCCCCGCUUGAAAUGACCUUGGGAUUGGGAGGCCGAGCAUGGAAGGAGUCCGCCUCGCCGCUCGCUAUACAUUGAGAGUUGAAUUCUUUUCAUGGCGGACUUGAUUAAAGUAGCAUCCAGCAUGUCCGCAGAUAGAGCCACGGGGGAUGGUGUUUUUUUUCUAAAAAUCACGUUUCAGGUCGGAGGAUUAUUUUAAAGAGGGAAGUGCGCGCAAGAGCGGGCGCACCUGCACGCACUUGAAGUGUGAGUGAGAAAGGCUCAUUUAAAAGUUUCUACGGGUUUUUAAACAGAGAAAAGGACGGUCUGUAGGAGUUUAGCGCCGAGGACCUCGUGUAUAUGAAUAUGUGGUUCCUGUUUCUUGAUGUACCUGUUGAUGUCUUAUCUCGCCCCCCGCCCCUAGAUCUCUUUUAUCAUGGUCUUCAUUGUCGAUUGUAAAUAUAUGUGUCACGAAUGGCGUGUCUGUACUACAGAAUAAUAAGGAAAUAUUUUUUCCACAAUAAAAUAUAUUAAAAAAAACAUGCUUUCUAAUGGUUAGGAACUGGAAACAAGUCUUCUCAGUAGCCUGAAAGCAAAAUACUGCAGAUGCAGCAAACUUGAAAUAAAAACAGAAAAUGCUGGAAAUACUCAGCAGGUCAGGCUCCCUCCAGAUGCUGCCUGACGUGCUGAGUGAAAGCCUGACUUGCUCCGUCUCCUCAAUAUGCUCACACAUACAGGACGGUUUUAUGUCGUCAGCUGGGGACACCACACACCCGUUCGAGUUUAACUUUGGGAUACUCCUUUCCAUGCAGGGAAAUUUCGACAGGUUUGCAGAGAUUGGAAUGAUCAAAAAAAAAACGCUGCGAUUUUACUUCAUGCAAUCGUAGAGACACAAACGCAUAAACAAACACAAUCUCACACAAAACGCAGCCACAAACACAAUCUCGCAGAAAACGCAGACACAAACAUGGUCUCAAAUGAAAUACAGACACAAACACGGUCUCACACAAAACGCAGACACAGUCUCACACGAAAAGCAGACACAAACACGGUCUCACGUGAAACACAGACACAAACACUGUCUCACACAAAACACAGACACAAACACUAUUUCACACAAAACACAAACACUAUUUCACUCAAAAACACUCAAUUUCAUGCAAAAACACACAAACUCAAUCUCAGACAAAACAUACACAAAUACAAUAUGACACAAUCUCACACAAAAUGUGCAGACACG